CAGCAGGGCACAAUGCCAAUGUUCAAGCAGGCGUCGUGGUCCCAGAGCUUAGUGGGCGAAGGGCCAGAUGAGGACAUCGGGGAAUACGCGAUCUACAUGAAGAAAGCCAUGACGCAAUUGCAGAUCACGGCCUGCCACAUGGAAGCGUCAAGGACGGUGACGGACAUCAAG